GAAAAUCAGCGAAAAAUUCAAUUAAUUGCAUUAUCGUUUUGAAGCAAAUUUUAAGGUUAAAGUUUGCAAAACGUGGUUGAAUUAAAAGUUCAUAAUCAUGCUCGAUAACUUGUAAUUUCGCGUCUUAAAUUUCGAACGGCAUAGUUCAAGUGUAAUCGUCUUCUGACUUCUGAAAACUCGAAAACAUAUUUACACAAAAAACCAAAUUAUGCUGGCAACUUUGACUAUGCCAAAAAGAGCAUAUUAAAAUGGCAUUUAUAGCUUAAUUGAAAUUUUGGCGACAGUAAAAUUUAAUUUCCCUAGAACAUAAAAUAAAGCUCGCGCUCUUAGACACAAGUCGCUGCAAUUUAUUUCCUUACGGAAGUUGAGGACGGGAAGAAUCAUGGCUGGCGGAAAUGCGCCACGCGUAAUUCAGGUGACCAAUAUUGCCCCUCAGGCUACAAAGGAUCAAAUGCAAGCGUUAUUUGGCAACAUCGGAAAAAUAGAAGAGAUACGUUUAUAUCCUACAGUAAGAGACGUCUCUUGUCCAGUGACAUCUCGUAUAUGCUAUGUAAAGUACAUUGACAGCAACUGCGUCCCAGUAGCUCAGCACUUGACAAAUACGGUGUUCAUCGAUCGCGCUUUAAUCGUAAUACCCGUUUUGGCUAUACCGGAAGAGUAUAGAGCUUUAGAAAUGUCUAAGAAUGGAACUAUUGUACCAGGUUUGCAAAAGCCAGAUUCUAAAUUACCACCCGAAGUAAUCAACCGGAUCGAAGGCCAAUCACCGCAGCAAGUUAUUAAAACUUAUGAUCCCAAAUUGUUAGAAAACAAUUUGCCAGAGUAUCCGGCAUUACCUUCUUUUUAUGACACCCGCAAAAUAGAAGAAAUACGGCGAACUAUAAUCGUAUGUGAUGUGAAAAACGAAUGGCGUCUAGAUGAUCUAAUGGACUGCUUUCAACGCGCUGGCGAGGUCAAGUAUGCUCGUUGGGCCGAAAAGGACAACAAAACUUAUUGUAUGAUUGAAUUUUGCGAACAAUCAAGUAUUAUUAAUGCUUUAAAAAUGCAAGGUCAGGAAUUCAAAAAUGGCUAUUUGAAUAUAUACCAUUCAACGGAUGCCAUUAUAAAGCCUGAGGCGAAAUCGAACGAAGCAGCGCAAAAAGAAAUCGAGGAAGCGAUGACUAUUGUCAAAGAAGCGCAGAAUAUGAUUUCAGCCGCAAUUGAUCCAGUUAUUGGUAUGCUGGCCAAAGAUAAAAGAAGACGAUCGCGUUCUCGGUCGCGUUCUCGUGACCGUCGCACAAGUCGGUCUCGUUCUCACCGCUCGAGAUCACGAAAACGUUCUCGUUCGCGUACUAGAAGGCGGUCGCGUAGCAAAUCGAAGAGACGGACUCGUUCCCGUUCACGGCGUUCGCGAUCGCGGAAAAGAUCGCGCUCCCGUAAAAGAUCCCGUUCUCGUCGCAAAAGUCGAUCUUGUUCGCGUUCUAAGAGACGAUCACGCUCUCGGGAUCGUCGUAGCAAACGUUCGCGUUCUCGUCAUCGUCGCAGCUCUUCAAGAUCCCGUCGAUCUCGUUCACGCACAAAACGUUCGCGGUCUCGUGAGCGUAAACGCUCGCACCGCACACGUGAAGAAAAACGUUCGCGAUCAUCACGUUCGCACAGCAAAAGGCGUUCACCAUCGCCAGCAUCUGUGCGUUCACGUUCCAGUCGCAGCAAAGACAUUGGUCUGCCAAAUACAAAAUCGACAAACAAUAUAUCGUCGUCGUCAUCAUCCUCAUCAAAAAACCGUUCACGCACUCCAGCUGAUCGAAAAUUGAAAACUAUUUCUGAAGACAUGGAGGUUAAAAGCACUAGAUCAAGCGCUGAUUCCAAGUCUCGUAAAUCUGUCAGCGUUGAAAAAUCGGAUAACAUGGAUAUAUCGAAUUCGCCGUAAAUCUUAAAUUUCAUAUGAUUUAGACGAUAUUUUUCUUCUUCGCUUUCGCAGAUUUCAUUCAAACGUAAUUAAUUUUGAUGAAAUUGAUCUUAAUUUUUAGAUAAUUAGUACCAAUGUAUGUUCGUAAUGCUUACAUAAAAACUUAAGUCGUAAAGAUUUAUGAAUGAAUCAACUUUUAACUAACAAAAUAUAGCAACAUUUUUGCAUAAAAAGUAUGCAAAGCAUUUGCUGCGGGCUCUCUUUCCAACACUUUCCAACACUUCUCGAGACACAAGCAAAAUAAAAUUGAACCAUUAUUGUAAAACGUAAAACAAAUAUUUUCAUUUAGAAAAAAAAACGCUAUAAAAAUUCCAUAUAAAUGCUUGUAGAUACGGCUACUUUUUCUUGUGAUUGAGAUUUGCUGCGACAAAAUUCAUUGCUUUUUGAUUGAAAUCAUUAGAAAAAAACUACUAUAGGGUGUUUUUUAUCUUACUUUGUUAAAUUAAAAUCAUACUUGGGACAUUCGAUGUACAUCCGUUACUGUUGGAUUUUUGUACAUUUGUCUUUAUUUGAUUGUUUGUGUUCUGUGCUUUGUAUGUUUUGUUUAGAAUUUUUAAUUCUCUCCCGUUCACUUUCCUUGUCUAUCUCUCUUCU